UCGGCUUUCAGAAAGAGGCUGAUUUGCGGCAGUAUUUCCUGAAGUAACGUGAUGUCAGAAUUUGCGACCGUUUACCAAAUAGCCAUGGCGGACGUAACGAAUAACGACAGCGUGAAGAUGGCGGAGGGGGAGCGGAGUGCCGAGGAACUCAAGGAGAAGGCGAAUAAAUACUUUAAAGAUAAGGACUACGACAAUGCCAUCAAGUAUUACACGGAGGCCCUGGAGCUGAACCCGGACAAUGCCAUCUACUACAGCAACCGCAGCCUGGCGUACCUGCGCACGGAGUGCUACGGGUACGCCCUGGCGGACGCCACGCGCGCCCUGGAGAUCGACAAGAACUACAUCAAGGGCUACUACCGCCGCGCUACCUCCAACAUGGCCCUGGGCAAGUUCAAGGCGGCUCUCAAGGACUACGAGACGGUAGUGCGGGUGCGGCCCAAUGACAAGGACGCGAAGAUGAAGUACCAGGAGUGCAACAAGAUCGUCAAGCAGAAGGCCUUCGAGAGAGCCAUAGCCAGCGACGAGCACAAGAAGUCGGUGGUGGACUCGCUGGACAUCGAGAACAUGAUGAUCGAGGAUGACUACACAGGGCCCAAACUGGAAGACGGAAAGGUGACGGUGAAGUUCAUGAAGGACAUGAUGCACUGGUUUAAGGAACAGAAAAAACUGCACAGAAAGUGUGCCUAUCAGAUUUUGGUCCAAGUCAAAGAGGUUUUAGCCAAGCUUCCGAGCCUUGUAGAAAUAGCGCUAAAAGAGACAGACAAGAUCACCAUCUGCGGCGACACGCACGGCCAGUUCUACGACCUCCUCAACAUAUUUCAGCUAAACGGCUUGCCCUCGCCGUCCAACCCCUACCUUUUCAACGGCGACUUCGUGGACCGCGGCUCCUUCUCCGUGGAGGUGAUCCUGACGCUCUUCGGCUUCAAGCUGCUCUACCCCGACUGCUUCCACCUCCUGAGGGGGAAUCACGAGACGGACAACAUGAACCAAAUGUACGGUUUUGAGGGCGAGGUGAAGGCCAAGUACACAGCCCAGAUGUUCCAGCUGUUCAGCGAGGUCUUCCAGUGGCUGCCCCUGGCACAGUGCAUCAACGGCAAAGUGCUGGUGAUGCACGGGGGCCUGUUCAGCGAGGACGGGGUGACCCUGGACGACAUCAGGAAGAUUGAGAGGAACAGACAGCCUCCUGAUUCGGGCCCCAUGUGUGACCUCCUGUGGUCAGAUCCUCAGCCCCAGAACGGGCGGUCGAUCAGCAAGCGUGGGGUGAGCUGCCAGUUCGGCCCGGACGUGACGGAGCGCUUCCUGGAUCAGAACAAGCUGCAGUACAUCGUGCGCAGCCACGAGGUGAAGGGCGAAGGCUACGAGGUCACUCACUCAGGGAAGUGCAUCACCGUCUUCUCAGCGCCCAACUACUGUGACCAGAUGGGUAACAAAGGAGCAUAUAUCCACCUCAGGGGAUCCGACCUCAAGCCAGAGUUUCACCAGUUCACUGCUGUGCCUCAUCCGAAUGUUAAGCCCAUGGCAUACGCGAACUCCCUGAUGCAGAUGGGGAUGAUGUAGCGGCACGGAGGCCCCGCCCACCCGCGACCGCCACGUUCCCGCCCUCUCUCCUCCGUUCCACCGUCUGCCCGUUUCUGUUUUUUUUUUUUUUUUUUUUUUAAUUUAACGAACGGCAAACUCCUCCCACUCCACCUACGCCACCCCCCCCCCGACCCCACCCUCUCACCCACAAAAAAAGGGCUGCCCCUGCUUCCCCAAAGCAGCCCAAAACUGGAAUGUGCGCACCUCAACAGUAGCUGUGUGACGGACGAAACUGAUGGACGGACGGUCGCCUUUGAGGGAGGCCCUGAACCCGCUCGAUUCUGCCGCAGGGAUUCGGGGCCGGUCGCGGUGGCGGUGGGAGCGGGUAGCGAGCCGCUCGAGCCUGGAGACGCCACUUCGCACCCGAGGCCUGCGGUAGAAUCGACCGGGAGCUUUGUGGCCCCGUGCCACCCACACUCGCGGGCUUGAGCUGGCAAAUCGUGCCGUUAUGAAUCCCUCCCAGGCCAGCUGUUUAGCUGGCGAGAACGGCUUUUGCGUGUGUGCGGGCGUGUGUGUGUGUGUGUGUGUGUGAGACAGAGAGAGUUAUGCGUGUGUGUGUGUGCGUGCACGCACCCGUGCGUGUGUGUGUGAACGAGCGAGUGAGCGAAGCUUGGUUUCGUGUUUCGUUUGUAAGAGAGAGUGUGACACUAUGGUCAGGUCAGUCAGCCAAGCUCUUUGAAGAGAGUAUACUCCUCCUCAAAUUUAAUCUGAAAGUGAACAUCUCUUCACUCAAACGGAGAAAAAGAAGCGCGCCAUUUUCCCUGUGGGCGACCUCACUGCUACGCCUGAAGGUUUG